AUGGACAUAGCCACCAUUGAGCUGAGCGUUGAGGCGCUGAUAGGGUCGCUCUUGGCCCUGGGAGUCCUGUUUGCCUUCUGCCGUAGUUUGCUUUCCGAGGACUUCGUGAGCAGCUUCAAAACACGUCACGGCUGGAAAUCAAUAAAGGUCUUGGAACAGGCCUGCUUUUGCAACGUCUGCGAGAUCCUGCUGACCCCCUCCGCCGGACUCUUUUGCGACUGCUGCGGCCUGUGCACCCAUGCCACGCCCACUUGCCAGCGAAGGGCGGACCGGGAGUACCGCUGCAAGGACAAGUGGCUGCGCAACGAGUCCUCUGUGCGGCACCUGUGGGUCCACGGCAAUUUGCCCAUGGGAGUCCACUGCGCUGACUGCAACGAGGAGGUUGACCACCAUGUCAGCACAGAUCCCGGGCUGUACGGAUGGCGCUGUGCCUGGUGCCAGCGGUGCUACCACAACGACUGCUACUCCCGCGUCGACACCAAGGCCGCCUGCGACUUUGGCGAGUUCAAGGACAUGAUCUUCCCGCCCUACAGCUUCGUGGCCGCAAGAACUAGGGAUUCGAUGCGCCUCCACCUGGCCAGCAUCACGCCGCCGGACAUCGAGAAUUGGGAGCCACUGAUUGUGAUCGCCAACACCAAGUCAGGCAGCAGUACGGGCGCCAACGUGUUGUCCCUGCUGCGCGGUUACCUACAUCCGCUGCAGGUGAUGGAACUGGGCUCAAGGGGUCCCCAAGAUGCCCUCCAGUGGGUCGCCAAGGCCAGUCCUCGCCCGUGUCGCAUACUGGUGGCCGGCGGCGAUGGCACCAUCGGCUGGGUACUCAAUACCAUCUACGCGUUGAACAUAAAACCCCAGCCUGCGGUGGCCAUCAUGCCGCUGGGCACAGGCAACGAUUUGUCGCGAGUCCUGGGCUGGGGAGCCGAGCCACCCUCGGUUCUUGAUCCUGUGGAGAUCCUAAGAAGUAUUCGGCGUGCCCGCUCCGUAAAUCUCGACCGGUAUGACCUGCAGAUCGAGAAACUGCACUACAGGCUGCCAAUCCAGAGGCACCCUACAAAGACGAUCCAUGUUUACAACUAUUUUAGUGUGGGUGUGGAUGCGUUCAUCACCUAUAACUUCCACAAGACGCGGGAGUCUCGUUUCUAUCUGCUUAGCAGUCGGAUAUUCAAUAAGCUUCUGUACUUUACCUUUGGAACGCAACAGGUGAUGCAACCCGGUUGCGAACACCUUGAGGAGAAGCUGACUCUGUACCUGGACAACAAGCCAGUGCAACUGCCUGAGCUGCAGGCGCUUGUGUUCCUAAAUAUCGACUCUUGGGGCGCUGGCUGUAAGCUUUGUGAGCUCAGCAAUUCCAACGGCGAAGUGCGCAUGGUAAACUCCAUCUCCGAUGGCAUGAUGGAGGUUUUUGGUAUUGUUUCCUCCUUUCACAUUGCUCAGCUGCAGUGCAAUAUAAGCAAGCCGGUGCGAAUUGGCCAAGCCAAGCAAAUAAGGAUGCAAGUGAAGGAGACAGUGCCAAUGCAGGCGGAUGGAGAACCGUGGAUGCAGAGUCCUGCGGAUAUACGUCUGUCCUCGCGCAGCCAAGCCCGCGUCCUCAAGCUGGCCGCAACCUGAACGUAAUAGCUAAUACCCAAUUGUAACCCCUUUUGUGCCAGUCCCAUAAUCUCAAAGUACUUAAUCCGGAACCUCAGUCUACACUUAAUCGAAUUUGGUAAGCUAUGGCAUUUUAAGGACAUCCCAUGGAGGAAAACCAAAGCUAGUCGAAAAAUACACUAAAUCGUAUCUGAAAGAAA